AUGAAUGUAAGAAUUGAGAAUAAUGCAUGCAUUUUGUUUGAGGAAAACGUUGGCAGAGGCGGCGGCGGUUGGUGCAUGCAUGGGUCACAUGGAGGCUCCUCCGGUGGCGGUGGCGGUGGAAUUGGGUCGUCACACGGUGGUGGUGGUGGUGGAGGACACUCUAUAACGGGCGGUGGGGGCGGUGGAGGACACUCUAUAAGUGGCGGCGGAGGCGGUGGAGAUAGUGUUUCAGAGCAAGUGUCACAUUUGAUGCUAGGGUUUUGUAGAGUUGGAGUAUUAAUCCAUUUGGGUGGUGGUGGUGGCAAUGCUGAUGGAGGACAUGGUAGUGGUGACGUCGGUGGUGGAAGAACGGGUGGUGCCGGCGGUGGUGAUGGAAUAAUUGGCGGUGGUAACGGUGGUUGUGGGGGAGGAGGACAUGGUGGAUGA